AUGGCCGAUGAUGAUGAUCAACAACAACCUGGUCAGCUGAAGCCCAACUCGGGAUUGGGCUCUCUUCCAACGUUAGUACCAGGACUACAGGGCCCCGAGGCCAAUGCGUUGCAGUACAAAAUAAAGAAUUCAAUUUGCAAAUCUGUACAAUCAAAAGUGGACAACAUAUUGCAAGAUGUUGAGAAGUUUACAGACAUCGAGAAACUCUACCUCUACCUUAAGUUGCCUUCUGGUCCCAACAAUGGCAUUGAUAAAAGGACUGAGAAUCAGAGAGCCUCCACUCCUGGACUAUGUGACCAGAGUGGCAUGUCGUCCAGCCGAACACAGCAGAUGUACGCUUUCAACUGGAUCCGCAAUCACCUAGAGGAGCACCCUGAGACAUCACUGCCAAAGCAAGAGGUGUACGACGAAUACAAGAGCUACUGUGACAGUCUUGCCUACCACCCACUGAGUGCUGCAGACUUUGGAAAGAUCAUGAAGAACGUGUUUCCCAACAUGAAGGCUCGCCGCCUGGGCAUGAGAGGCAAAUCUAAAUACUGUUAUAGUGGACUGAGGAAGAAAGCUUUUGUUCACAUGCCUUCUCUGCCCAACUUGGACUUACAAAAAUCAGAUGACGGUUGUGAGUUAAUGGAGCCGUCGUCGGGCCAGUCUCCCAGUGCGGAGGAUGAGAUGCGCUCAGCGGCCUGUGGCUUGGUGUGUGAGUGGGCUCAGAAGGUCCUCAGCAGACAGUUUGAUGCCGUGGAGGACCUGGCUCGCUUCCUGCUCAACAGUCACUACAUAGGAACCAAGUCCAUGGCUGCCCUCACCGUCAUGACUGGGGCUCCCACAGGUCUAAAGACACCCACGCCAACCUCUGCGUUCGUGCCCACGUCCGAGGCCUCGUCCUUCCAGCCGCAGGUGAAGACGCUGGCCUCUCCCUCGGUAGACGCCAAGCAGCAGCUCCAGAGGAAGAUCCAGAAGAAGCAGCAGGAGCAGAAGCUCCAGUCCCCCCUGCCUGGAGAGGCCCAGGGACAGAACCAGGCCAGGAGGACCGAGGCCAGCACCCCAGGGCCAGCCAUCCCCUGUGGAAGUCCUGCUCUGCUCUCACCACAACCUACCAUUGGUAUAGUGGUGGCAGCUGUCUCCAGUCCCAUCACGGUCCAGAGGAGCAGACAGCUGAUGACUUCCCCUAGCCCAGUGGGAUCCGCCGAGGGGAAGGUCUUGCCAACGGUGAACUUCCAGGUGGUCACCCACACCCAGUCUCUGACCCACAGGCAGUCCCCGAAGACUCCCCAAAACAUCUCAGCCAGCCCCGUGGGCGACCGCCUGGCCAGGCACAGGUACCCCCAGAUCCUCCCCAAGCCCUCAGCCACAGGGGCCAUCACCCUGCGUUCGCCCCCCACCCUGCUCAUCACAAACAGCCCCAUGAAGACCCACCACGUUGUCAAGAUGACCGCCAUCUCCCUGGCCCCUAGCAACACUCUCAGUACCAGCAGUAACAGUAUGGUCCUCAGGCCAGCCUCGGCCGGGGUGGGAACCACCACCACCACCACCACCUUUACCACCAUCGCUGCCCUAGAGGAGGUCCAGCAACAGGGACAGAGCCAGGGAGGCCCCCCAGCCCUAGCCACCCCCCAGUCCCCUGCAGCAUGGCCUGGCGCCCCACCCUCCACCCCUAUUCCCACAGUGGUCCCUGAGGCCAUCAUCACUGAUAAUAACCCGGGCUGUAACUCUGAUAAACGGAGCACCAUAAAGCAGUCCCCCUGUGGGGCCAAAGGUCCAGAGAGAGCCACCAAGUACCGGGCGGCCAGCGAACCCUCGCUUAUGGUCAAAUGCUCACCAGGACCUGACAGAGUGACCGCUAGGACCAAAAGCGUCUCAUUCUCCUCCACCUCUCCUCCAGCUGCUGCCACCAAUGCAGCGAUCAAGUGGGCGGGGCCUCAGCAGGACAGCAAUAAGAGCAUCAUCGCCACCACCUGUCAUCAAGAAAGUCCUUUGUAUCUGACCGUUGCUCCCUCGGCCAAUCAAAAUACUCCUAACGUCAGCGGAAUGUCCUCCUCGUCCAAUGGCUCGUCGGCUGUUACCUUAUUGUCCCCUAAAGACUCCUCGUUUGGGGUCAAGAGCCCCAGGAAGCGGGCCGGCCCCGGGCUGGAUUCCUCCCACGUCAUCCCUGUGAAGCGCGUCUUCAUCUCCCAGCAGCCUUUGAGUGUGACCUUUGACCCCAAACCAUGGGUUCCAGCUAGACCUGGCACUCCGGCCAGACCUGAGAGUGCCCCCUGUCGAGUGACGGUGAAACAACACCUAGUGCCCACGAAGAUCUUGGCGCUGUCCGACUCGCCUGUCACGAACGCAGACAUCUCCUCCCUCUCUUCCUCGCAGGCUGUCGUCAGUGUGAAGCCACAGGUCUCCUCGUUGCUGGUAGUGAAACGUGAAGACCCGUCCUCUCGAGGACUAACACUAAGCACUGUCAGCAGUCACACCAGCAGCACUGCAGCCCCUGAUAGCACCACCACCGCAGUGUCUGAGCAGCAGCAUCAAUCUGAGGCCUCUGUUUCUGCAAUGGCGGUAGGAGCACAGCAUCAAUCUGAGGCCUCUGUUUCUGCGAUGGCGGUUGGAGCACAGCAACAAUCUGAGGCCUCUGUCUCUGCGAUGGCGGUAGGAGCACAGCAUCAAUCUGAGGCCUCUGUUUCUGCGAUGGCGGUAGGAGCACAGCAUCAAUCUGAGGCCUCUGUUUCUGCGAUGGCGGUUGGAGCACAGCAACAAUCUGAGGCCUCUGUCUCUGCGAUGGCGGUAGGAGCACAGCAACAAUCUGGGGCCUCUGUUUCUGUGAUGGGGGAUAUAAAGAGCACAAUGUGGGAGGAGUCAGUUGCGGGGCACCCGGAAGAGCUGCAGAAACAGACCUUCAGUCAGAAUAUACCAGCAGACCACACCAAGCAGCAGGCCCUGGGCUCCACCAUGAACCAACACCAACUCCCAAACAUCAUGUCCCAGACCUCAGACUCCUCUGAUCAGUUAUCUGGCCUUCACCAGGAGAUGGUGGACUUUGCCUCCUCGGCCUCCCAGCACGGCUCCACCAUGAACUACUUCUCCUUUAACGAUGACGAUAUGACCCAGGACAGCAUAGUGGAGGAACUGGUUCAGAUGGAAGAACAGAUGAAGCUGAAGGGCCUCCAGCCGUUGUUCAGUAGCUGUGUGGAUAAUAUCUCUCUCCAGGGCCAGCCUGGGGGCCCCCAGGGGUCCAUCCUCAACACUCACCACCAGGGGGAUAGUUCCUCUUUCUACCAGUCUGCCCAUAGCAGCACAACCCCCAUCCAGACUCCCACCCCAACUCCCACCCCGACUCCAACCCCGACCCCCACCGAGAUGACUCUCGGUGGGCACGGGCUGACCAGAGAGAGCCCCUGUUGCCAUCACAGCAUGGCCCCUAUCACGCCCGUGGAGGGGCCUCUAGGAGGCCGACACACCCCUAUAAGCGCUCUGUCUAACUGUUCUAGCGGCAUCCCUCCCAGCCCGGUGGAGUGCAGGAACCCGUUUGCCUUCACCCCUAUCAACUCCAGCAUGGCAGGGGGUUACCACGAUGCCUCCGUGGUGUCUGUCUCCUCCAGUCCCAUCAAGCCCAUGCAAAGACCCAUGGCCACUCACCCAGAUAAGGCUAAACUGGAGUGGAUCAACAACCGCUACAACAGUAGUGGUACUGAAGCUACUGGAGGAGUCGGAGCAGGGCCAGGUUCCGGGUUAUCCAUCUCUAACCACAGCCUUGGUGGACUCCUGCCUAGUUACCAGGAUCUAGUCGAUGACCAUUUCCGUAAGCCGCACGCCUUCGCUGUUCCGGGCCACAGUGGCCAGUCUUUCCAGUCUCAGUCCAGACUGCAGGAUGGCGAACACUUCUCUCCCAUCUCCCCGGUGCAACAGCAGAUGACCAGCGUGUCGACCACGCCCACCAACACUCCAACCAAACAGGAUGAGAGAUUUGCUGUGCCCGCUCCUUUAGACAACAAGGGCGGAGCCUCAUCGUCGGGGGGCGGGACGUUCCGUUGCCGUAGCGUCAGCCCCGCCGUCCGCCAGAGGACCUUCAGCGGCACCGGCACAACACCCGGCACUGGCACAACCACUCAAUUGGUCGUCUCCCCUUUCAGCUCCCCCAUGACCUCCUCCGAGAUACUCAGCUUCCUGUCCAAUAGCCAAUCGGUGGGCAGUAACCUCCACAGCAUGGCCCAGCGCAGCCAAUCGGUGCCCUUAAACAUCAUGAUGCAGAGCGUUGUGGAGAUGGAGCUGCUUCCUGUAGAGAUGCAGGCCAUCCAGGGACAGAACCAGAGUAACGCCAAUAAGAUCACCAACGUCCUCUUGAGUAAGCUGGACUCUGGCGUGGACGACACAGUCAGGGGCCUGGGCAUCAACAACUUCCCCUCCAACUACACUGCCCGCAUGAACCUCACCCAGAUGCUGGAGACCCAGUCUCAGAGCCAGGCCACCAAUGGGAGCUUCACAACCGGAAGGGGAGGAGGUAACACCCACCAAUCCCACCUUCAGCUGCAGACCGUCAGCUCCAGCCCUGCCUCCUUCGACCUCCAGCAGCAUGGGAGCUACCUCACCAGCACUGGAGGAGGCGGGGGGGGUGUGAGCUUCUCCUCUGGAGACAACCAAGCACAAUCAGGUCCUGGUGAGAAUGUGGACCUGGAGCUCCAGCAGAUCCAGGGCCUCCAAGAGCUCCAGACCCAGACCCAGCUCCAAUCCCAGGCUAGACUGCUCCAGAGUCCCCAUCCCCAGCACCAGGGUGGGCUCCAGCUUCUCCAGACCCAGACCCAGCUCCAAUCCCAGGCUAGACUGCUCCAGAGUCCCCAUCCCCAGCUCCAGCUUCUCCAGACCCAGUCCCAGGUACUCCUCCAGCCCACCCCCACCCAGCAGCAACAGGAGGAUGACGCCCAGCAACAGCUAGACUUCAACAACACUGUUAAAGACCUGUUAGGUGAUGACGGCCUCAACGUUGACGCUGAAGGCCUCAACCCCAGCUCUCAACUGGUCGGUCAGGUGGCGUCAGAGCUUAAUGCCGCCGUGGUGUCCGACUUCACCAAUGACAUCAGGUUGACCUCCGACCUUUCCAACAGCAUCACUGACCUGAACACACUGGACGCCAACCUCCUGUUCAAUCCAUCCAAUCAGCAGCAAGAACAGUACGAAGACGCCACACUGGAAGAGCUGAAGAACGAUCCUCUGUUUCAGCAGAUAUGUAGUGAUACUGUGAACUCCUCGUUCGACUGGCUAGAGAGCAAAGACCAGCCUACUACCGUAGAGAUGUUGGGCUAAUGUCGUUAUUGGACGCAUCCCAAAUGGAUGCUCAUUCCCUACAUAGUGCACUACUUUUCAUCAGGGUCCAUAGGGUCGACCCAUAGGGCCUGGUCAAACGAAGUGCACUAAAUAUAGGGAAUAGGAUGCCAUUUCAAAUGCAAACCAGUAUUUUUAAAUAAGUAUUUAUGGUUUUCAUUUUGUUGGCUUUUGUUUUGAACUGUGAGUAAUUUGUAUACAGUAUAUUUGGGAAAAUAUUCAGACCCCUUCACUUUUUACACGUUUUGUUACGUUAACAUUAUUUUUCUAAAAUGGAUUGUUUAUUUCCCCCCAUCAAUUUACACACAAUAACCCAUAAUGACAUCACAAAACCCCAUAAUGACAUCACAAUACCCCAUAAUGACAAAUACCAAAAUAUUACAUUGACAUAAGUAUUCAGACCCUUUACUCAGUACUUUGUUGAAGCACCUUUGGCAGCGAUUACAGCCUCGAGUCUUCUUGGUUAUGACACUACAAGUAUGGCACACCUGUAUUAGGGGAGUUUCUCCCAUUCUUCUCAGCAGAUCCUCUCAAGCUCUGUCAGGCUGGAUGGGGAUCGUUGCGGUACAGCUAUCUUCAGGUCUCUCCAGAGGUGUUCUCUCGGGUUUAAGUCCAAGCUCUGGCUAGGCCACUCGAGGACAUUCACAGACUUGUCCCCUAAGCCACUCCUGCGUUGUCUUGGCUGUGUGCUUAGGGUCGUUGUCCCAUUGGAAGGUGAAACUUCGCCCCAGUCUGAGGUCCUGAUCGCUCUGGAGCAGGUUUUCAUCAAGGAUCUCUGUACUUUGCUCUGUUCAUCUUUCCCUCGAUCCUGACUAGUCUCCCAGUCGCUGCCUCUGAAAAACGACCAACAGCAUGAUGCUGCCAGCACCAUGCUUCACCGUAGAGAUGGUGGAGGUUUCCUCCAAACGUGACGCUUGGCAUUCAGGCCAAAGAGUUCAAUCUUGGUUUCAUCAGACCAUAGAAUUUUAUUUUUCAUGGUCUGCGUCCUUUAGGUGCCUUUUGGCAAACUCCAAGCGGGCUGUUAUGUGCCUUUUACUGUGGAGUGGCUUCCGUCUGGCCAUUCUACCAUAAAGGCCUGAUUGGUGGAGUGCUGCAGAGAAAGUUGUCCUUCUGGAAGGUUCUCCCAUCUCCACAGAGAAACUCUGGAGCUCUGUCGGAGCGACCAUCGGGUUCUUGGUCACCUCCCUGACCAAGGCCCUUCUCCCCUGAUUUCUCAGUUUGGCCGGGUGGCCAGCUCUAUGAAGAGUCUUGGUGGUUCCAAACUUCUUCCAUUUAAGAAUGAUGGGAGGCCACUGUGUUCUUGGGGAUCUUGGAUGCGCAGACAUUUUUUGGUAUGCUUCCCCAAAUCCUGUGCCUCGACACAAUCCUGUGGCUUGGUUUUUGCUCUGACUCGCACUUUGAACUGUGGGACCUUAUAUAGAGAGGUGUGUGCCUUUCCAAAACAUGUCCAAUCAAUUGAAUUUACCACAGGUGGACUCAAAUCAAGUUGUAGAAACAUCUCAAGGAUGAUCAAUGGAAACAGGAUGCACCUGAGCUCAAUUCCGAGUCUCAUAGCAAAGGGUCUUAAUACUUAUAUAAAUAACGUAUUUCAGUUUUUUUUAUUUUAUAAAUUUGCACACAAAAAAAAAACCUGUUUCCGCUUUGUCAUUAUGAGGUAUUGUGUGUAGAUUGAUGAGAACAUUUUUUUAUUUAAUCCAUUUUAGAAUAAGGCUGUAAUGUAAUGUGGAAAAGGUCAAGGGGUCUGAAUACUUUCCGAAUGCUCUGUAUAUCUGUUUAUUUAUUACUGUUUUUUGGGGAAGAAACUACUGGACUCUUGGCCAUUUGUCCAAUGAAAAGUGCCAGCCUAACCCUCUCCUACUGACACACUGCUUUAUAGCACUGUUAGCCUAACCCUCUCCUACUGGCACGCUGCUUUAUAGCACUGUUAGCCUAACCCUCUCCUACUGACACACUGCUUUAUAGCACUGUUAGCCUAACCCUCUCCUACUGACACACUGCUUUAUAGCACUGUUAGCCUAACCCUCUCCUACUGACACACUGCUUUAUAGCACUGUUAGCCUAACCCUCUCCUACUGACACACUGCUUUAUAGCACUGUUAGCCUAACCCUCUCCUACUGACACGCUGCUUUAUAGCACUGUUAGCCUAACCCCCUCCUACUGACACACUGCUUUAUAGCACUGUUAGCCUAACCCUCUCCUACUGACACACUGCUUUAUAGCACUGUUAGCCUAACCCUCUCCUACUGCCACGCUGCUUUAUAGCACUGUUAGCCUAACCCUCUCCUACUGACACACUGCUUUAUAGCACUGUUAGCCUAACCCUCUCCUACUGACACACUGCUUUAUAGCACUGUUAGCCUAACCCUCUCCUACUGGCACGCUGCUUUAUAGCACUGUUAGCCUAACCCUCUCCUACUGACACGCUGCUUUAUAGCACUGUUAGCCUAACCCUCUCCUACUGACACACUGCUUUAUAGCACUGUUAGCCUAACCCUCUCCUACUGACAUGCUGCUUUAUAGCACUGUUAGCCUAACCCUCUCCUACUGACAUGCUGCUUUAUAGCACUGUUAGCCUAACCCUCUCCUACUGACAUGCUGCUUUAUAGCACUGUUAGCCUAACCCUCUCCUUCUGACACGCUGCUUUAUAGCACUGUUAGCCUAACCCUCUCCUACUGACAUGCUGCUUUAUAGCACUGUUAGCCUAACCCUCUCCUACUGACACACUGCUUUAUAGCACUGUUAGCCUAACCCUCUCCUACUGACAUGCUGCUUUAUAGCACUGUUAGCCUAACCCUCUCCUACUGACACACUGCUUUAUAGCACUGUUAGCCUAACCCUCUCCCACUGACACACUGCUUUAUAGCACUGUUAGCCUAACCCUCUCCCUCUGACACACUGCUUUAUAGCACUGUUAGCCUAACCCUCUCCUACUGACACACUGCUUUAUAGCACUGUUAGCCUAACCCUCUCCUACUGACACACUGCUUUAUAGCACUGUUAGCCUAACCCUCUCCUACUGACACGCUGCUUUAUAGCACUGUUAGCCUAACCCCCUCCUACUGACACACUGCUUUAUAGCACUGUUAGCCUAACCCUCUCCUACUGACACACUGCUUUAUAGCACUGUUAGCCUAACCCUCUCCUACUGCCACGCUGCUUUAUAGCACUGUUAGCCUAACCCUCUCCUACUGACACACUGCUUUAUAGCACUGUUAGCCUAACCCUCUCCUACUGACACACUGCUUUAUAGCACUGUUAGCCUAACCCUCUCCUACUGGCACGCUGCUUUAUAGCACUGUUAGCCUAACCCUCUCCUACUGACACGCUGCUUUAUAGCACUGUUAGCCUAACCCUCUCCUACUGACACACUGCUUUAUAGCACUGUUAGCCUAACCCUCUCCUACUGACAUGCUGCUUUAUAGCACUGUUAGCCUAACCCUCUCCUACUGACAUGCUGCUUUAUAGCACUGUUAGCCUAACCCUCUCCUACUGACAUGCUGCUUUAUAGCACUGUUAGCCUAACCCUCUCCUACUGACAUGCUGCUUUAUAGCACUGUUAGCCUAACCCUCUCCUACUGACAUGCUGCUUUAUAGCACUGUUAGCCUAACCCUCUCCUACUGACACGCUGCUUUAUAGCACUGUUAGCCUAACCCUCUCCUACUGACAUGCUGCUUUAUAGCACUGUUAGCCUAACCCUCUCCUACUGACAUGCUGCUUUAUAGCACUGUUAGCCUAACCCUCUCCUUCUGACAUGCUGCUUUAUAGCACUGUUAGCCUAACCCUCUCCUACUGACAUGCUGCUUUAUAGCACUGUUAGCCUAACCCUCUCCUACUGACAUGCUGCUUUAUAGCACUGUUAGCCUAACCCUCUCCUACUGACAUGCUGCUUUAUAGCACUGUUAGCCUAACCCUCUCCUACUGACACUCUGCUUUAUAGCACUGUUAGCCUAACCCUCUCCUACUGACACACUGCUUUAUAGCACUGUUAGCCUAACCCUCUCCCACUGACACACUGCUUUAUAGCACUGUUAGCCUAACCCUCUCCCACUGACACACUGCUUUAUAGCACUGUUAGCCUAACCCUCUCCUACUGACAUGCUGCUUUAUAGCACUGUUAGCCUAACCCUCUCCUACUGACACUCUGCUUUAUAGCACUGUUAGCCUAACCCUCUCCUACUGACACACUGCUUUAUAGCACUGUUAGCCUAACCCUCUCCCACUGACACACUGCUUUAUAGCACUGUUAGCCUAACCCUCUCCUACUGACACGCUGCUUUAUAGCACUGUUAGCCUAACCCUCUCCUACUGACAUGCUGCUUUAUAGCACUGUUAGCCUAACCCUCUCCUACUGACACGCUGCUUUAUAGCACUGUUAGCCUAACCCUCUCCUACUGACAUGCUGCUUUAUAGCACUGUUAGCCUAACCCUCUCCUACUGACACGCUGCUUUAUAGCACUGUUAGCCUAACCCUCUCCCACUGACACACUGCUUUAUAGCACUGUUAGCCUAACCCUCUCCUACUGACACGCUGCUUUAUAGCACUGUUAGCCUAACCCUCUCCUACUGACACACUGCUUUAUAGCACUGUUAGCCUAACCCUCUCCUACUGACACACUGCUUUAUAGCACUGUUAGCCUAACCCUCUCCCACUGACACACUGCUUUAUAGCACUGUUAGCCUAACCCUCUCCUACUGACACGCUGCUUUAUAGCACUGUUAGCCUAACCCUCUCCCACUGACACACUGCUUUAUAGCACUGUUAGCCUAACCCUCUCCUACUGACACGCUGCUUUAUAGCACUGUUAGCCUAACCCUCUCCUACUGGCACGCUGCUUUAUAGCACUGUUAGCCUAACCCUCUCCUACUGACACACUGCUUUAUAGCACUGUUAGCCUAACCCUCUCCCACUGACACACUGCUUUAUAGCACUGUUAGCCUAACCCUCUCCUACUGACACGCUGCUUUAUAGCACUGUUAGCCUAACCCUCUCCCACUGACACACUGCUUUAUAGCACUGUUAGCCUAACCCUCUCCUACUGACAUGCUGCUUUAUAGCACUGUUAGCCUAACCCUCUCCUACUGACAUGCUGCUUUAUAGCACUGUUAGCCUAACCCUCUCCCUCCCUCUGUUUUUUGUUGUUAUCGGAUUCACAGUACCACUUAAUUUCACCUUCCAAUGAGAUCAGAAAUGAGUGCAUUUCAAGUAUUAGAUGGUAUUUUAAAGCAUUCCCGUGAGACAAUGGGCUGCAUCUGAAAAUGAAUGGAUGCUUAUUGCCUACAUAGUACACUGCUUUUGUUCCAGGGCCCGCCUUUUGUUCCAGGGCCCGCCUUUUGGCCAGGGCCCGCCUUUUGGCCAGGGCCCGCGUAGGCAUUUCAGUGGCAGACUUGUUGAAAGGGAUAAGAUUUCUCAAGGUUUGAUGAAUACCACAAAGUUAAACCUUAUCUUACAUUUUAAUUGUCUACUCAUUCAACAAUGCAAUAUGUUCUGAAAUCACCUAAUACAUCACUUAAUACACUCUGACACACACAAUCACACAAUCACACAAUCACACAAUCACACAAUCACACAAUCACACAAUCACACAAUCAAAAAUGAACUUCACCAAAAAAAUGUUUUCUGUGAGAUGUUGUAUCCUGUUUUAGAAGAGUGUGUUUCAAAAGGGAAUCCAAACCCGAAAAAUACAAUAUUGGACUUAUUAGGCAACUUAAUGACAUGUGCAUUACAUGGCCUUGCCAUAUCCAAACACUCAAUGGGUAGCAACCAUCCGGGAGCUACCAGGUGCUGAAUUUAAGACAUUAUCUUCAUCAUACAUUAUCAUUAUACCAAAUCAAUUGUACUGGUUCAUAUCUGAACAGCGUUAUCCCACAGUGAAAUCUUAAAUCUCAAAGCCUAUGCUACUUGUACCGUUCCGUAUGUGGAAAUGGGAGGAAGAUUAGAUGAUUUGCUAGUGCUGGUAGUCUAUCUGGGGAAGAAACAAUAUGUCACUCCUAGGAAGGGAAGCAACAACAAACUUGACUGCCUUAUUUCUUAUUGAUAAGUCCAAGGCCUUACACCAUCUUUACAGACAGACUGUAUAUAAUAGUAUAGUAGUACAUAGAAUCUGCACAUUCUAGAAGCGAUUCUAGAACCAAACAGAUUCUGGAUCUAGAACCAGAGCUUCACUGUUCAUAUCAAGGCAGCUGUUUAAACUCUGAUCAUGUUUUCAAUACUAUUUCUUAUGGUUCCUUUGUUUAUUUGCAGGGUCACUUAAUGCAUCCAUACUGUAUAAAACAACCCACACUGAGUGUGCCCUUACUUAGUAUCAGUUGUAGAUGGACAGUAGUGUCGGAACAGGCAGACACACGUUUUAGUGGCCAUGGUGUGUUUCUCACAGGCUUGAAAAAAAAUAUUGUCCACGUCCCGAAUAUCACCUUAUUCCCUUUAUAGUGCAUUACUUUUGAUCAGGGCCCUGGUCCAAAAGUAGUGCACUACAUAGGGAAUAGGGUGCCAUUUAGCUAUGGGCCAUGGUCUAAAGUAGUGCACUACAUAGGGAAUAGGGUGCCAUUUGGCUAUGGGUCAUGGUCUAAAGUAGUGCACUAUAUAGGGAAUAGGCUGCCAUAGGGCUCUGGUCUAAAGUAGUGCACUAUAUAGGGAAUAGGGUGCCAUUUGGGACGCCUGGUUAUAUAAAUGGUAUGGCGAUGGCUAAAUAUGUCAUUGAAGGCAACAGAGGCUGCGAAGAAGAUAGUUGCAUAGAUUUGGUUUCUGGAGUUUGAUGAUGUCAACUUUAAGAUCUAGAUACAAAACGAAUCGUGAUUGUCUUUCCCGGAGAUCCAGCCUUAUUUCCACACCAAAGAAAAGCAGUUGUUUAAAAAUAACCGAAUUUUACGUUAGAAGUUGUAAUAUCGUAGGAGGUUGUUAUACAUGGGAUUUGUAAUCAUCCAUGCACUCCUAAAGACUUAUGUUAUCAGUGAAAAGAAACAGAUAUAACUUGGUGUACGUCCUCAAUAGCACUCUAUAUAGUGCACUUGAUUUUGACCAGGACACAUAGGACCUUGGUCUAAAGUAGUGCACUAUUUAGAGAAUAGGGUGCCAUUUUAGGGUGCCAUUUGGAACACGCUGUAUAAGUUUUGUUUCAUUUUGGGGGGGAGAAAAGAAAAGAGGAGAAGCUUUGAAAAAUCCAUGUACAGCAUGUUGCUAAGGAAACACUGGGCCAGACAGCAUGUAAACGUAUAUGAAAUGGCGGAGGUCCUUGUUGUUGCUAAGGAAACACUGUGCCAGACAGCAUGUAAACGUAUAUGAAAUGGCGGAGGUCCUUGUUGUUGCUAAGGAAACACUGGGCCAGACAGCAUGUAAACGUAUAUGAAAUAGCAGAGGUCCUUGUUGUUGCUAAGGAAACACUGGGCCAGACAGCAUGUAAACGUAUAUGAAAUGGCAGAGGUCCUUGUUGUUGCUAAGGAAACACUGGGCCAGACAGCAUGUAAACGUAUAUGAAAUGGCGGAGGUCCUUGUUGUUGCUAAGGAAACACUGUGCCAGACAGCAUGUAAACGUAUAUGAAAUGGCGGAGGUCCUUGUUGUUGCUAAGGAAACACUGGGCCAGACAGCAUGUAAACGUAUAUGAAAUAGCAGAGGUCCUUGUUGUUGCUAAGGAAACACUGGGCCAGACAGCAUGUAAACGUAUAUGAAAUGGCAGAGGUCCUUGUUGUUGCUAAGGAAACACUGGGCCAGACAGCAUGUAAACGUAUAUGAAAUAGCGGAGGUCAUUGUUGUUGCUAAGGAAACACUGGGCCAGACAGCAUGAAAACGUAUAUGAAAUGGCGGAGGUCCUUGUUGUUGCUAAGGAAACACUGGGCCAGACAGCAUGUAAACGUAUAUGAAAUGGCGGAGGUCCUUGUUGUUGCUAAGGAAACACUGGGCCAGACAGCAUGUAAACGUAUAUGAAAUGGCGGAGGUCCUUGUUGUUGCUAAGGAAACACUGGGCCAGACAGCAUGUAAACGUAUAUGAAAUGGCGGAGGUCCUUGUUGUUGCUAAGGAAACACUGGGCCAGACAGCAUGUAAACGUAUAUGAAAUGGCAGAGGUCCUUGUUGUUGCUUAGGCAAAACUGGGCCAGACAGCAUGUUGUUGAAACCAUCACUGCUAGCCAGCCAGCUAUGUGAUUAUAAUAGGAUGAUUUGCUUGAAUUUUGGCUAUUGUUAUUGUGGUAAAAGUCAUAGUCAAAAUUAAAGCUCCAUUAAUUUGUAAAUAGGGUAGAUACAUAGAAAUGUAAUGUAUCAAGAAGAGAAAAAAAAGACUACUAUAUUAUGGCCAUCAUUCUAGCUAAGUAAGUCUAUGUGCCAUUAAAGGAGAAGAAAAAAAAGCUAAAUGUAUAUUAGUCAAGAUAAUAGAGACUGUGUUGUUGUGUGUUGCAUUUCUGGCUCCUCGAUGUAUUUGUAAAAGUAAUGCUGUCUGUUUGGUCUCUGGUUUGCUGAUGUGUUUUGACUUUCCUUUCAAAGGUAAUUAUUAUAAUAAUAAUGAUAAUAAUAGGUCUCUGAUGUGUGCUCUGAGCGAGAACAAUAGCAUGGUUUAUUGAUAAGAAGAAGAAAAAAAUCAAGAGUUAUAUGAUAUAUAUAUAUAUACAUAUAUAUAUAUAUAUAUAUUAGCUGGUUGCGUACAUUUCUGCAACAUCAUCGAUUCUAUAGACAUUGUGUUCAUGUUUUCAACAAACAAAACUUUGUAGGUUCACUUUUUAUUGCACUAAAUUUCUAUGAUAUGAAACAUGGCUUUGUCACAAACCUUAUAACGGACAAAUGUCACGAGGGAAUGACGAAAUGAAGGCCCGCAACAACAACAACAACAACAACAAACAACAACAACAACAAACAACAACAACAAACAACAACAAACAACAAAAAUAUUUUUUAUGAUCUAAGAAAGAAUUGUCAUGUAGAAAAUGACUACUGUAAUUGUCAUGUAGCAACAAAAAAAAAGAGAAAAAAAAGUGCAUUAAUAAUGAUCUCAGUGAGAUUUACUCAUUCUCAUCCACGAGAAUAUAAUCUAAGCGUUAAGGAAAAAUUAAAUUGUUUAAAAUGAUUCUUUUUUUAAACGUUUAAAAACCUACAUGUUUCAUUGUGUUUAAAAAAAUGACAGUAGUACGUAGGCGUGCAUGUGUUCAUGAUUUCUAUCCUACUACUUUGAAUUGUUAGGUGCCUCCAAAAUGGCACCCUAUUGCCUAUAUUAGUACACUACUUUUUUACCUGGUCAGAACUGUAGUAGUGCACUACAUAGGGAAUAGGGUGCCUUUUCGAACGCACACUUAUUAAGGUAACCACUGUCUGCUGUGGUAAGGGCUGGCUCUGUGUACCUGACUGGUAGUGUUACUGUAGUACCUGACUGGCAGUCUUACUGUAAUACCUGACUGGCAGUGUUACUGUAGUACCUGACUGGCAGUCUUACUGUAAUACCUGACUGGCAGUCUUACUGUAAUACCUGACUGGCAGUGUUACUGUAAUACCUGACUGGCAGUGUUACUGUAGUACCUGACUGGCAGUCUUACUGUAAUACCUGACUGGCAGUGUUACUGUAGUACCUGACUGGCAGUGUUACUGUAAUACCUGACUGGCAGUGUUACUGUAGUACCUGACUGGCAGUCUUACUGUAAUACCUGACUGGCAGUGUUACUGUAGUACCUGACUGGCAGUCUUACUGUAGAACCUGACUGGCAGUGUUACUGUAGUUAACUUAAUUACAGUAAGUUACAUUAUUUUACAUUGUGGGCUGUUUACUUAAUAUAAGUUAAUAUUGUUCUGUGUGUAUGGAGCUGUUUCGUUAAUGAUGGAUUUAUGUUUUUAUUUUCACAUACUUUUUUUAAUGUAGCAUUUGUAAAGAAAUAUGUUGUUUUUAAAAAAAAAAUCAAGAUUUUUGGCAUUACUACUAUAAGGCACUGAUAUUUGAAUUAAAUCUUUGAAUGAAGGAAAAUGCACCUCCAUCUUUAGAUGUACACGAGUUCCAACUAUAGAAUUAGAAUGAGUUCUAAUGAUUCUAUGGUUCCAUCAAGCAGUGACUCUACUCUGUACGUUGUGAGUUCUGACUGACCCUGAGCCAGUACCAACUCAGUUUGACUAUCCUGUUCAUUCCUACCAGUAGAAGAAGCUCCCUCCCUCUGUUGUUGUCUGGUGUAAUGUGUCAUAUGUACAGUAGCUUGUUAAUAUGGCAAAACAAAACAUUCAUGUUUCUUUUUUUUUCAAUGGAAAGUACUCACUGGUGAGAUUUUUAAAGUGGUUUUAAAAGCCAAUAAACUUUUUUUUUUUAAAGAA